AUGAAAAUCAAAUGGACAUGCAAUUGCUGUAAGGAAAGAAACCAUUAUAAUGGGAAUGAUGCCCAACAGUAUGGUAUUGAUUUUUCAAGGUUAAAUCUGUGCAGAAAAUGCCAUAAAAUUAGUUGUGAUUCCUGCCAGUUAUUUCAAGAUUAUGAAAAAUUCUGUCCUUAUUGUUGCAGGAAUAAUAAGGUUCCAGAUUGUGCUGACGGUAGCAGAUUAUCAUUUGAGGAACGUUAUUGUCAGGAAAUAUGUUAUGACGAAUAUUGUACCAAUGGCUGUUUCCAAUGUCCCAAGUGUAAUAAUUCCUUGGCUUUGUCAUUAUGUAAAAAUGAACGUUUGAAGGAUCCAAAUGGAAAAACGAUAAGUUUUCAAUGUUAUUGUUGCUCUUGGUCAUGGUCAACUGAACUGCCAGGUAAUGUGAAGUUGUUAUCUAAACAUAUUUUUUCUUUACACUUAAACUUGGAUCCUAAGUUUCAAAGAUUUAAACAACUGUCUAAUAUUUAUCUAAACGAUAGCUCAGAUUGCAGUAAUAAUGAUCCAUCAUAUUCCGUAAAAGACAUCUAUUUGAAGCAAGGAGAUUUACAAUCUGCUAGAGGGUUAUUGGACAUAAUUAACAACAAAAAAGAGACUUCUUUUAAUACUUCUUCUACUGUCUUAUUAAACGAUCAAUUUCCUCAUCAAAACCUUUAUGACGAUACCAACACUUCUUUACCAGAACUUUCAAAGUUAGUAAUGAAGUUUGAAUAUAAAUGUCCUCAUUGUGAAGAAACUAUACUUAAACCAUCUUCAGAGCUCUACUCAAGUGAUAAUACUUAUGAAUCAUUUGCAUUUACACAAUUGCCAACAAUAGAAGUAAGUGCUAUUAAAGAUCUGAAGCAAGACUUAGUGUUGAUAAUGAAAAAUAUUGAAGAUAAUCUUAAUGAUUUCGUUCAAGCAGAAAUUAUUACUAGUGAUAACAUUCAAUUAUCUCAAAAUAAAUUUAUUUUCAUGAAGUCCACUGGUGACAAAUUGCAAGAUAAAAGUAAAUAUUAUGCUGAAUUAAUGAGCUACCUAGAAGGACUACCGUCGUUCGAUUUGAACCUUUGUGACAAUGUCAAUAACAAAUUUGUUCGCAUAGAGAAGCAAAGAAGAUUAGCCAAAAACAAUAACAUAGCAGUCAUGAAUAAUGCCAAUUCUCCUAUGAAUUAUAAAGAAGAAUCAGAUCGAUAUAUUGUAAGUCCAAUAAAAAUAUUGACAGAAACUGCAUUAAAUAAAUUACUUGUAAAAUAUAAAUUCAAAACUUAUGAAGUUUCACUAGAAUGCAUACUAAAAUGA